GCGGAAGUAUGUGGCUGCGCGUACAUGUUUUUCUUUUUACCGGCGAAGAAGAGGCCGUUACUGUGCAGCGGAGCCGCUAUUAAAUCUGUCUUCCUGUUUCCGAUUUUUGUGAACCCUUCACCAUGGGGGACAUAAAAAAUUUUCUCUACGCCUGGUGCGGAAAAAAGAAAUUAACCCCAAACUACGAUAUUCGGGCAGCGGGAAACAAGAACAGGCAGAAGUUUUUGUGUGAGGUACGAGUCGAUGGGUUCAAUUACAUCGGAAUGGGAAACUCCACCAAUAAGAAGGACGCCCAGGCCAAUGCAGCACGAGACUUUGUAAAUUAUUUGGUCCGUGCGGGGCAAAUAAGCGCUUCUGAAGUGCCUGCUUUAGGGGCAGGUGUUCCAGAUGUGCCUGAUGGUGGUGGUGGUGGUGGUGAAGGUGGUGAGUUUGGGAAUCUGCCUGCCAGUGGUCCUUUGCCUCCACACUUACUUGUAAAACAAGAGAGAGAUGCUGAACCGAGAUCUGCUCCAGUUCCUGGAGUGACCGGUCUCGGUUACUCGGGCUUGAAUAAUCCUCAGUGGGACCGAGGAGCCAAUAUACAGGACUACUACGCUAGGAAAGAGGAACAGGAUGCCAAAGCUACCCUGGAAUCGGAGGAAGUAGAUUUAAAUGCUGGUCUGCACGGAAACUGGACUCUGGACAAUGCCAAGGCCCGUCUGAACCAGUUCUUUCAAAAAGAGAAAAUCCAAACCGACUACAAGUACAACCAAGUGGGGCCGGACCACAACAGGAGCUUCAUUGCUGAAAUGACUAUCUUUGUGAAGCAGCUCCGUAGAAAUAUUUUUGCUCGUGAGCACGGCUCUAAUAAAAAGCUGGCAGCCCAGUCGUGCGCGCUCUCCCUGGUUCGUCAGCUGUAUCAUCUAGGUGUCAUCGAGGCUUUUACAGGACAGACCAAAAAGAAAGAAGGAGAGACGUUGGAGGUGUAUAACGUAAACGUCAGCGACGAGCUCAAGCAUCAGCUGCGUAGCAUCAUCCAAGAGCUUGGCAUUCACAUUCCUCCAGUUGAUCCUAGUGCUCCAGUGUCUCUUGUUCAGGGAAAGUUGGCCCACUUCGAGCCUUCACAGAGACAGAGUACAGGAGGUGUGGUGCAGUGGUCUCCUCCUCAGGUCAACUGGAACCCUUGGACCAGCAGCAAUAUCGAUGAGGGACCUCUGGCUUUUUGCACCCCAGAGCAGAUCAGUUCAGACCUGCAAAGUGAGCUCCGCUACCAAAUGGAGCAUGACACCAACCUGCAGGAGAGGCUGCAAGAGCGACAGCAGCUGCCAGUCAAAAACUUCGAGGAGGAAAUCAUGCGCACAAUCAACAGCAACCCGGUAGUGAUCAUUCGCGGAGCCACAGGCUGCGGAAAGACCACUCAGGUACCGCAGUACAUUCUGGACCAGUACAUUCAGGACGGACGAGCCUCAGAGUGCAACAUCGUCGUCACUCAGCCUCGGCGAAUCAGCGCUGUGUCAGUGGCUGAGCGCGUGGCAUACGAGAGAGGCGAGGAUCUGGGGAAGAGCUGCGGGUACAGCGUGCGCUUCGAGUCCGUCCUGCCAAGGCCGCACGCCAGCAUCAUGUUUUGCACCGUUGGGGUUCUCCUGAGGAAGCUGGAAGCCGGAAUUCGAGGGAUCAGCCACGUGAUCGUGGACGAAAUCCAUGAGCGUGACAUCAAUACUGAUUUCCUGAUGGUGGUGUUAAGAGACGUGAUCCACGCCUUCCCUGAUGUCCGCGUCGUCCUCAUGUCCGCCACCAUCGAUACGACCAUGUUCAGAGAAUACUACUUCAACUGUCCCAUCAUAGAGGUCUUUGGUCGCACUUUCCCUGUGCAGCAGUACUUCCUGGAGGACUGCAUUCAGAUGACGCAGUUUGUUCCACCUCCGUCAGAUAAGAAGAGGAAAGACAAAGAUGAGGAAGGUGGUGAGGAAGAGGUAAACUGCAACUUGGUAUGCGGACCCGAAUAUGGCCCGGAGACCAAACGUGCUAUGGCCCAAAUGAACGAAAAGGAAACGCCAUUCGAGUUGAUCGAGGCCCUGUUGAAGUACAUCGAGACGUUGCAAGUGACCGGAGCCGUCCUAGUCUUCCUGCCUGGCUGGAAUCUCAUCUAUUCUAUGCAGAAGCACUUGGAGAUGAACCCACAUUUUGGGAGCCAUCGUUAUAGGAUCCUGCCUCUCCACUCCCAGAUCCCCAGAGAGGAGCAGAGGCUGGUGUUCGAGCCUGUACCUGAAGGAGUGACUAAGGUUAUUCUGUCAACUAACAUUGCCGAGACCAGCAUUACCAUCAACGACGUGGUCUACGUCAUAGACUCCUGCAAGCAGAAGGUGAAACUAUUUACCGCCCAUAACAACAUGACCAACUACGCCACCGUGUGGGCAUCCAAGACCAACUUGGAGCAGAGAAAGGGUCGAGCUGGGCGUGUCAGGCCAGGCUUCUGCUUCCACCUGUGCAGCCAGGCACGCUUUGAGAAACUGGAGACGCACAUGACUCCGGAGAUCUUCCGCACACCACUGCACGAGGUGGCUCUCAGUAUUAAGUUGCUCAGACUCGGUGCUAUCGGGCAUUUCCUGGCCAAAGCAAUCGAGCCCCCUCCUCUGGAUGCCGUCAUCGAAGCUGAACACACUCUCCGAGAGCUAGACGCCCUCGACACUAACGAUGAGCUGACACCGCUGGGACGCAUCCUGGCCCGACUACCCAUCGAGCCUCGUCUGGGGAAGAUGAUGAUCAUGGGCUGCAUCCUAAACGUAGGAGACGCCAUGUGCACGAUUUCUGCCGCUUCGUGCUUCUCCGAGCCGUUCAUUAGCGAGGGCAAACGAUUAGGGUUCGUCCACAGGAACUUCGCAGGCACACGGUUCUCUGAUCAUGUGGCCCUGCUUUCUGUCUUUCAAGCCUGGGAUGAAGUCAGGAUGGGCGGAGAGGAGGCAGAAUCUAGGUUCUGCGAUCACAAGCGUCUGCACAUGUCCACUUUAAGGAUGACCUGGGAGGCCAAAGUUCAGCUUAAGGAGAUCCUAAUUAACACCGGUUUUCCUGAAGAGUGCCUGUUGAAUCAGGUCUUCAGCAACGUAGGGCCAGACAAUAAUCUGGAUGUGGUGAUCUCCUUGCUGACGUAUGGCUCCUACCCCAACGUCUGUUACCACAAAGAAAAGAGGAAGAUCUUGACCACUGAAGGGCGAAACGCACUCAUCCACAAGUCUUCUGUUAACUGCCCAUUCACCAGCCAAGACCCGAAUUAUCCGUCACCGUUCUUCGUCUUUGGGGAAAAGAUCCGAACCCGAGCCAUUUCCGCCAAAGGCAUGACCAUGGUCAGCGCUCUCCAGCUCAUUUUGUUCGCCGCCAAGAAAAUCACAUCUAACGGAGAGGUGGUCGUGCUUGACGACUGGAUCAACCUGCGCAUUGAGCAUGAGGUAGCUGGUAGCAUUGCUGGACUGAGAGCUGCAAUGGAGGCUCUCGUUGUGGAAGUGACCAAAGACCCAGAGUACAUCAGAAGCUUCGACCCCACCAACGAACGCCUUUUAAACGUCAUUCGGCUACUCUCCAGACCCUCCUCCGCAGGACUCAACCUCAUGAACAGCAAUCCACGUUUUGGUGACGGGCCUCGGCCUCCGAAGAUGUCCCGGAUGGAUGGAGGAGAUGGAGGGUUCCGCGGUCGCGGAGGAUACAGAGGAGGUGGAGGAUACAAUGGUGGUGGUGGAGGAGGUGGAGGCUACAGGGGGUCUGGAGGAUACAGGGGGUCUGGAGGCGGAGGUGGAGGUGGAUAUCGGGGAUCGGGCGGGUAUCGAGGAGGAGGUGGAGGUGGAUACGGAGGGGGUGGAGGUGGUUACAGAGGAGGUCGUGGGUUUAACAGAGGUGGAUAUGGAGGAGGAGGAGGAGGAGGUGGCGGAGGUGGUUAUGGACGAGGUCGUGGGUUCAACAGAGGUGGAUAUGGAGGAUUCUAGAGACAAGGAUUCAAAGUUUGUAAAAAACUUUAAGGGAAUUAAAGUAAUUGUUGAUACUGAUUUAAUGUUGCAUGAUUAUUUUUUUAUGUUAAGAAAAGCCUAAAUAGUUUUGUGAAAACUAUUAUAUGUAGACAAUUGUUUAAAAAAUUUAAAUAAAAAAUCAGUGCAUGAAAGCAGAGACUGGUACUUGCAAAAUAAUACUUAAAUUUAAUACAGGACCUAGAUUAUUUUUCAUGUUUUCAUUUGAGUUAAAUGUAUGUGGGUUUUUUUUGUUUUUGUUUUUUUAUUUUUAUAAAAUUCACAUAUUGUUAGUGAAAUUGGUUAAUCGUUCCUCAAAUGGAAUGUCACAGUAAAUGUCCAGCACUGUAAGGUGAGGAUCGUUUGUUUAAUAUGUAUAUAAUGAAUGGUCAUUACUAAUAUUGUUUGAGUUAAGAUCAAACCUGCAGUGAUUACAGUGCUUGUUAAAGCAUAUUUAUCAACAUAUGAACUGUUAGCAGGUAAUCAGGAAGAUGUCAUUAAAAGGUCCCUUUUAAUCUUUACCUGUGAAUUACUUUAUUCUGUUUUAUUUUUCUGUAUCACAUCUUUGUAGAAAUAAAUAUUCAAGUUAUUUGAUGCACC